AUGUCUAACGCUAGAGAACCAUCACUCCUCUACGCAAAUCGCAUUCUCACCUCCAAGUCCAACACCCCCAACGGCGAGGUCUCGCCACUCACCACUUUUCACUACAUCCAAGCCCCGUCUACGCCACACAUCGUGUCCGCAACUUACUCUGGUGGGAGUAUUGUGCAGGGUCACCUCAUUGGGACACUCAAGGAGAAUGCGUUGAGAAUGGUGUAUCACCACGUGAACGACAAGGGAGAGGUCAUGACAGGGAGAUGCACCAGUACACCAGAGGUGUUGGAAGAUGGGAGGCUGAGGUUGCACGAGAGUUGGGAGUGGACUUCUGGUGGGGUGGGGAAGGGGGAAAGUGUGGUCGAGGAGAUCGAGGGCGGGCAGGCAGCGGAGGAAAAGAGAUGA